CUUCCUCCGUAUCAACCGCAUAAUCUAUUUUUUAAAAGAGAUCAAUGGUCAUUGGUCCAUCGACACACCACCGCACGCAACACCUCCGGUCACUUUAGUCCACUCCCGGCGAUUACCAGGCUACUAUGAUGUCCAAAUUAACAAUAAUUACAAGGCUGGCUAGACAAAUUAGUCAACUUACAGUGAAUAGAACUUCCGUCCUCACUUGCAGUUACAGCACAGAUGUGCGACGUUCAAUCCCCAAGAGGGGUGAUGCAGAGACAAUAGGGUCCUUUGCUGAUCGAUUUGGCUAUAAAUCUCUCUCUUCCCUUGCAGAAAAACCCAUUAAAGGCGAACGCAAACCCCAAGUAGGAGAAAAUGUCUCAAGGAAGGACAAGAUUAGCUUUCUUGUAAAUACACUUCUUGAUCUAAAGGAUAGUAAAGAAGCUGUAUAUGGUGCACUUGAUGCUUGGGUUGCGUGGGAGCAGAAUUUUCCCAUUGGAUCCCUAAAGCAGGUAUUGCUCAAACUAGAGAAAGAGCAACAAUGGCAUAGAAUUGUUCAGGUCAUUAAGUGGAUGUUAAGCAAGGGUCAGGGAAAUACAAUGGGGACGUAUGAACAGUUAAUUAAAGCACUGGAUAUGGAUCACAGGGCAAAAGAGGCACAUGAGUUUUGGAAUAAGAAAAUCGGUUCCGAUCUGCAUUCUGUGCCCUGGCGGUUGUGUAGUCUUAUGAUUUCUGUAUAUUACCGUAAUCAUAUGCUUGAGGAUCUUAUUAAGCUAUUCAAGGGCUUAGAAGCAUUUGAUCGGAAACCUCCUGACAAGUCCAUCAUGCAGAAAGUAGCUGAUACAUAUGAGGUGCUAGGCUUUCUUGAUCAGAAGGAUCGUUUACUGGAGAAGUACAAAGACUUGUUUACGGAGACAUGGAAUGGAAGUCCAAAGGGAUUGAGAGGAUCUCGACCCCAAAGAAAAGAAAAACAAGCACGGGAAGAUUAAGGGAUAUAUCAAAUAUGUAUGUUUAGUAUGAAGUUGUUUGAUAUCAGGUUUACUUAAGCAAUCAAUCCACUCAAUAUUUUCAGAAAUCUUAUUUUGGUGCGGUUGAAAAUUAUUUGUUGCACUGUCAAGAAUCAAGCAAACCCCCCUGCAGGAUGAUGGGAGCCUGUGUGACCAUGCAUUCACCCGGUGUCAGCUUAGUUGAAACCUUUAGAUACUAUUCAGAUCAGAAUCAGACUGCUAUGUUUUUAUGUACUUUUAGCAUCUUAUGCUUGCUUGGCUAUGGAGCUAGAAGAUGUGAUUGAACCAUGUACGUGAACAAAAAAACAGAAUGGUGACAUCAUGGAUCCAUGUUUUGAGGUUGAUGAAAUUCCAUUUUUUGAUAA